AUGGAGUGGUUAACAAGCGCCGAGGGCCUGAAUGCCCGUCAGGAGCUAGAGGCGUCCGUUCGUGAGCACCACCCUAACUUGCGUGAUGUGGAGAUCGACCUCAUUGUGGAUGGUCGCUUACUACGCAUGGUUCGGGAGCGCGCUGCGGAGCAAGCACCUGCGAGCGGCCAGCAAGGAGGAACCAGUGAAGGAGGAGCUGGGCACGAGGCUCCAACUGCCGUGGGCGUUGGAGGAGGAGCUGUUGCACCGACCAUUGAUACGGGAAUGAGCGGUACAAGCUACAGCCAAUUCAAGUUUGGAGUAGAGCACAUCUCCACUCUCUCCAUCGAACAGAGUUACAAGCAGAUCACCAGCGAUGCAUCUGCUGUCUCGGGCGCUGUCAACACGAUCGUGGCUACAACGGGGGUCAACGGGAAGGAAGGAAAAGGAGGGAAGGAGCAGACGGACAAGAAGAAGGAUGGUAAGCGGGAGAAGAAGCAAGGCCCCUUCAAGAGGCGCUGCUACAACUGCAAUGAGGAGGGGCACAUGGCUGCCAAGUGCCCCAACAAGAAGAAGGAUGCAACGCCCGCGGCAGCCGCGAACGUUGCUGAAGGAGACGGGAACGGCGUGGCGCUUACCGUCGAGUGUUCGGCUGCAAAGCUGCUGGUCAACGACAAGGACAUGUGGUUCCUUGACUCGGGAUGCUCCCAACACAUGUCCGGCCGCAAGGAGUGGUUCACUGUGAUCCGUGAUCCAUCUGCAACGAAAUCCGUCAAAGGGUUUGAUGGUUCAAUGCAGGAAGUCGCCGCAAGGAACGGUGCAACGGCUGCAGCGGCAUGCAACGGCACGGCGGCUGCAGCGGCAUGCAACGAUAUGGCGGCUGGAGCGGCGAGCAACGGCAUAGGGGCUGCAUCGGCAUGCAACGGCACGGCGAAGGAGAUUGCUGAUGUGGCGUCAAGCAAGCUGGAAGCUAACGAUGGAGCGGCCAGCCUCAAGACGUACGCGGUGGGCUCCAAGGCAAUGCCCAACCUGUGGCACGCUCGCCUUGGACACGUCCACUUCGAUGCGGUGAAGCGGACAGCCACGAGCGGUGGCGUUUUCGGUAUGGACCUCGAGAAAGGAGUGCCGUCCGUGCAAGGGGGCGAGCAACCCCUUGAUCGCUCGGUGGGCCCUUUGGGCAGCAAGGCACCUACUGCACCACCUCCUCUCGGUCCACCCUCCAUUGCUGAUUCGGCGCCCGUGGGACCAGAGGAUGGUUCCCUUGAGGGCGGAGGCGACACGACUGAUUUUGAGGAGGAAGGAGAGGUCGCAGUGGAUGAGCAGCCGCCAGUGGCCCAUGCGCAUGAGCCUUCACUUGCAGCUCCUCCCAUCCAGCCCAUUCCACAACCCCCACGUCGCUCCAGCAGGCCUAACAAGGGGGUGCCACCCGUACGGUUUCAGCCAUCAGCCCUGACGGCCCAGGAUGUGGACGAGGAGGAGAACCCGUACGACAUGGCGUACCUUGCUUAG